AUGGAUGCCCACUUACGCCAGCCCCAGCAAACCACAUCCUACCAAGCGCUGCCACUGCAUGCCCCGCACGGUGAUGCCGUGGACAUUCGAGAGCGCUCCAAAUGGCCGUGGUGGUCGCUUCUUUUGGCCUUGGCGGGGUGCAUUGGGGUCGGCUUCACGGCCCAAGCAACCGUGUUUGCCACGCCCUCCCUCUCGUCCACAAGGGUAGAACCCCUUUGCGACGCCUCGGUGCGGCAGUUGUCGGGGUACUUGCAAGUCACCAACGCGACCAAGUACUUUUACUGGUACUUUGAGUCUCGCGACAACCCAACUAAGGAUCCCCUCGUAUUGUGGCUCAACGGGGGCCCUGGGGCGUCGAGUCUAAUUGGGUUGUUGGCUGAAAACGGCCCGUGUCUGCUGGAUCCGGACACGUUGACCCUCAAGGACAAUCCCCAUGCGUGGAAUGCGCACGCCAACGUCAUUUGGCUCGACCAGCCUGCCAACGUCGGCUUUUCCCAGGGCCCCCCCACCCCCCCAUCGCAAGUGGGGCCGAACGUGCACACUUUUCUCGAGAAUUUUCUGGCGCAACAUCCAGAGUUGCACCGCCGGCGCUUGUACCUCACGGGCGAAAGCUACGCUGGGCAUUACAUUCCAGGGAUCGCCCACACCAUUCUCCAAGGAAACGCCGUCAAACCAUCGUCUGAGGCGCUGAAUUUGCAAGGCAUUUUGAUUGUCAACGGGCUCACAAACGUGCAAGUGCAGGCCCAACAUGAACUGGACAUGGUAUUUGAGAACGCGUACAACGUGACGUUGGUUCCCAAUGACCAGCUUUCGGUUGUCAAAACCAUGCAAACAACGGCGGUGGACUUGGCUCGGACGUGCCAACACGACUCGAGUGUCUGCCCCAACGCGACCCUUGCCUUUAUUGCCCUCCAAUCGCAAGUGAACGAGUACACCACUCGCGACUCGCUGGAUAUUCGACAGGAUUGCAACGUCUCGUCGUGCUCGGCCAAGAUGACUGCCAUCGAUGCGUUUCUGAGCCAGGCUCGAGUACAAACUCGUCUCGGCGUCCACCCGUACCAUCCGUCGUAUUCCGUGUCGAACGGCAACGUCAUGACUGACUUUGCCACAGACAUUGCGACCAACUACGCCCCGUAUGUGGACACAGUCUUAAACGCCAAAGUGCCCGUGGUGCUCGUGGCAGGCGACGCCGAUCUGCAGUGCAACUGGCGCGGCGUCCAAGCCUGGCCCGAGCAUCUGCACUGGCACGGCGCCCAUGGCUACAAAAGUGCACCUCUACAACCGCAUUUCAUCGACCAUGUGCAGGUAAACCAGCCAACCUUAACCGUGAUUUCGUGAUGGAGAAUGCAAUGCAUGGGGUACGGCUGCGUAGGUGGGGGAACGACGAGCGCACGACCUAUUGGUGUUUUAUCGAGUGUUCAACGCUGGACACAUGGUGCCUCAAGACCAGCCGCGCACCGCCCUGGCGAUUUUCACGGCAUUUCUCAAUCACACGGCGUAAUAUGGCAGGAUCAAUGUGCUAGAUAUGGGGAAAUUAUCAAAAUCAAUCGUUGUUGUCAUAA